CCGAAGUGUUAGAUUACGGGAAUGAAGUCGUAAUCAAGGCUCGCAACUGCAAUGAUUCUAACUCGCGUAUUUCUCGCAGUGCUGAAAUAAGUUCGAUGCCACUAGGAACGUGUUUCGAUUCGACGUGAUCCAUGCGAACCUGCGUCGUCGGUCGGUUAAUUUAUCGGUGGUUUAACGCUCUCGAGUGUACGUUGAAUCUACGAGUCGCUGAUACAGAAGCCGGGCAAGUAUUUAAUGUUAUACAUCAUCGAUUAAAAGUAUCGAAAAACCAGUGAAGAGGAAUUUCAUCGAGUAACCCGUCCACCAUGUUUUGCCUAAAAGGAAAAAACAAUGACGAUGCAAAGUUUCGGGAAAUGUUGAGGCAGGAUGAUUUUGGAUGGUGGUUAAGCGACGAAGAUGAUUUAAAAUCGCCCAGAUCCACUCGAAGUAGAGGUCGUCAAUCUGUAGGAUCGUCUGAAUCAAUGUUUUCUUGCAUAGAUUCGGAUGAUAGCGAAAGCUACUUUCUUGCUCAAGAAUUAAAACAGGAAUAUAACGAUAACUGUGAAAAAAUAGAGCUUACGUCGUUAAUUCACGGGGAUUUGGACGUGAAUCUUAUUGAACAAGAUGCGAUUUGUAAAGAAACGGACGUCACACGAUUUGUAGCGGAAGACGCAACACCGUGCUCGAACGAUCCAAAGUCGAAGUCACAGGGGCCACGCGGCAUGUGCUACACACCAGAAAGGCUGGUCAGAUCUCAGGAGUACCGGAUACUGACGCCGUCACCUCGCUACUUGUCCAUCUCUCAAGCAAGAAUCGUGCCAGAAAACGAAAAUCCACAAAAGGCAUUUCAUUGCCGGCGGCGAUUGAACUGUCUUAUCGACUCGAAGCAAACUGAUGCGAUGCAACUUCAAGCUGUUGUGGGGUCUAAGUCAUCGGAAAUAGUAAUACCGACAAUCGGCUUCCAUGACUGGAGAAAUUAUAAACGAGCCUGCAGUGACGACAAUGAGACGAAGAUCAGUGAAAAUGAAACGAAAAUGGAAGACGUGUCCGAUUGCGAUAAAUCGGACAGUUUGCAAACACCAGACUCAAUUGGCAAGAGUUACGAGAAAUUGAACGUCACAUGGGAAAACUGUGGAAAGAUGGGUACACGCAGCUCCUCAUUAGACGACACUUCCGGCAUUCAGAGCAACGACUGGAGCUCUGACUCGCACAGCGACCUGCAAAAUACUCCUCUCUGUCUUUGUGACGAGUUGGCGACGACGAAUUACAAGCUCGAUACUUCACAGGAACGAUGUUCUGCUAUCAAUGAAGUAGUAUCAAUUCUUGAAGUACUCGACACGAACCCCGAAAAAGCUACGGUUCUUCUUGAGGAAGAUCGUUUUUGUGGCAGUAAUUCCACGCACGACCAAUUAACCAGGCUGGCUCUGGCGAUCGAAACGGAUGCAAAUGGACCAGGAGGACUUGAAACCCCAGAACAUUUAGUUGAACAUCUUCAAAAUAAAAUAAAGAAGCUUCAAGAUAGCAGCAAGGACAUUUUUAGAGAUAUAUCUAAUCUUCGAGAAAGCUUUCAAUGUGACGAACAGAAAAUGGCAGAUAUUUCGUCCAAUACAAGGAAACUGCGAGAGGACGUACAUGAACUGCGAUAUCUCGACGACCUUCUAAAUCUUUUACGGGGAGAAUUGGAAAGAAUCUCGAAGAGAAAUUGGCCAUUUGUUAUAGGACGUACAAAUCAUCAUUCAGAAGAAAUGAAUCUCAUUGUGUGAACAAAACAAAUCGCUUUCACUGUGU